AUGGACAAGAAAGCACAGAAGGAUGUGGACCGACUCGCGCGGGUGCGCAAUAAUCAGCGCAAUAGUCGGGCUCGAAAACAAGAGUAUGUGAAAGAGCUAGAACAGCGCUUAUCGGCCUGUGAAGAAAAGGCGCAGCAACAGGAUAUAUCACAUCGACUAGCGGCACAGAAAGUGGAAGCCGAGAAUCGGCAUCUCAAAGAUCUGCUCGGACGACUCGGGGUUUCAGCAGGUUCUAUUGAGCAAUAUCUCCAGCAAGCCAAUACAGACAUGAAGGGGAAGAUUGCUAUUCCUGCUAUCCAGCGAUCGAAUAAAGCUCCUCACCCAGAGCUUACCGUUACAAAACGUGUUGCUGAAUGCGCGGACACUGAGCCGCCCGCCACGGAUAUUACCGAGUCAACGCAGAAUGUGAAGCCAGAAGAAAAGGAUCCAUCAUUUUGUGGAUGUCGGGAUGACGGACAGGCCACGACAAGCGAUGAAGAUGUGCUCAAUUCGACGCUUUGUGCGAUUGCCGAAGAGAUGAUCACACAGUACAAUACUAAAGGAAUCGAUGUCGAGGAAAUCCGACAAAGGAUCUGGUCCGGGUUCAGACCUGGUGUGAAUGGCACUGGCUGCAGAGUGCAGAACCAUGUUCUGUUUCAGGUCUUGGACGACAUCAGCGGUGAUAUUUGA